CGCCGAGGUGAGGGACAUGCACAGUAAUCUGGCCAGUCCUCUUCUUGAGCAAAACUGGAAUUGGUAAAGGAUUGUGGGUGACACAAAAAGUGGAGGCUGGUGAUUCAUUCCUGGCGAUGUCUUGGGCCAGAUUCCAGAAGGCAGUAUUUUCAGGAGGGAGGGAGGGAGAUUUGCAUACAUGACCUCACCCAGGAGCUCGGCCCCACCGCAUAUAAACUGGAGAGCCGUGGAACUCAGUCUCACUACUGCCAGACCCAGCAACCAAGCAGGCAGAGCCAUGGCUGCACUCCGUUCCUUGCUACCACAGCUGGGGCUGCUCCUGUGCUUGGCUCUGGGCUUUUCUCCUGCCUUCUCUGCAAGUAAUAAUGACCCCUGCAUGGUCUUUGAUACAAUCUCUACCUUCACCUCGGACAGCUUGGGAAUCAGCACUCAGAUGGAAGUCUCUGGCGAGAACAUAAGCUGGACAGUGCUGGUUCCUGUGAACAACUCCAUCAGCGCGGUGAUACUGAAAGCAGUGAACCAGAGCAGCCCCUCCGCGGGUGUCUGGGUUGGAGCAGACCAGGAGUGCAAUGACACCAGCGUCCUGUAUCGAGUGACACCGCUCAACAGUUCCCUCGUCACGGCAAAGUGGCUCGUUCCCAAUUCUGAGGACGUGACUGAAGUCAGCCUGCAGGUCUCCCUUGCUUCCGUCAACCACACAACUAUCAUGUCAACUGUGAGACUGGAAUGGUCAGCAACACCUGCACCCUUGACCCCCACCCCUAAGAGUCCUGGGACCAGCCAGACCACAACUGUGGCUACAGCCAAGACACCAGCCAAGACCCAAGCCAUGACCACAGAGAAGACUAUGAGUACGGCCAAGACCACGACUAUGGCCAAGACCACGACUAUGGCCAAGACCACAGCCAGAAGCCUGGCCGUCAACGCUCUGGGCAGUCCCCUUGCCGUUGCCCUCCACAUCCUGCUUGUUUUUCUCAUCAGCAAACUCCUCUUCUAGAGGAAACGGGGAAAGCAAAUCUCCGACGACCUACAGAGAGCAUCCUCCCAAAGCUAGCUCCAGGCCAGUGCUUAAACAUGAAUGAAUGAAGGUUUAUGUCCACAGCGCACAACUCUGCCACCUCCGACCACAGACCUGUGACACUCUUUGAGGGACACAGAUGUUUGCCUGGAUCUUUCAGGGCACCAAUACCGCUUUUUUGUAAAUACUUUGUAAAUCAGCCUAGCUGUAUCCUGGAGUUCUGACUCUCCGUUUUACAUGCUGAUAGCCAAUCUGAACUUCUGUUUAUUGCCAAAGGAUUCCCAUGAGCCUCCUGCGUUUGUUACGGGGAGGGGGAGGGAGAUUCUUCUUUACUUUCACGAUGGUUUCAGGUUUCUAGCCAAAUCUACUCAGGUUACAAGGAACUUCUGUGACUUAUGU